AGCUAGCCUCUUUGUGACAUUUAAACAAGUGUGACCAGCAGUCGGAGAAAUAAUAUACAGAGCCGGAAAAAAAUAACAAAAAAGAGAACAGCCGGCAAUGGAUCUCGAAUUGGAUAUAGUAGAUUCUCUGGGCGCACUUGGCUAUAAAAACGUGCAGCAGGAGGCACUGAGCCAAGCCCUGGAUGGUGGCAUUGGCAGCGUUGGCUUGCGCGAACUGAUUUACUGGCUGGCCAAUCAAUUGCACUUGCUGCGCAAGACCGACGAACAUAUCGCAUCCAGCAGCAAGGAGAACAAUGAUUUCGCGUUCGAGCUGUCGCUGCUGCUCACGGAGCUGGGCUGUCCGUACAAACAGUUUGUGGCUGGGCCGAUGUCGGAACGCUUUCAGACACGUGCUUCGCUGCUGCAGCUGCUCGAUUACCUCACCGCCGAGCUGAUGGCCACUAAGAUGACAAUGAAACUGCAGCCAAACGAGCCGCCCAAUAAAAAAUCAAAGACUGAAUCGCAUCUGCAACAUGCGGUGACGCAGCUGACUGCUGACCUUCAACUGGGUGACCUACCCAAAAACAUCAAUGCAAAGCUGCUGUUCGAGCGGCUCACUCCCAAACUGGAGCAGCGACUGAAGGAGAGGCAGCAGUCGCUGCUUGGUGAGCCCCUAAUGCGCAUGGGCAAACCGUUGACUGAUGUCCAAUGGCGUGUACUCGAAACCAUGCACAAGGAUCUGGACGAGGAGUACAAUCUGCGGCGUCAGAUGAUGCUGACGCGCCUGGAGGCGACUGUCCAGAGUUUUCAGUGGUCUGAGAGCAUGAAGAAGCAACAGAAAGAGAUUGGCGAUCGUGUUCAGCGUAAUCUCAAGGAGAUUGAGAAACUCAAAUAUGGCGGAGAGGAUACUAAUAUUGUGGCACUGUUGGCUGCUCGCACGGAUCUGGCCAUCAUUGAAAAGACGAGCUCGGCGAAUGUGCGCAAGAACACUGCGUCGAAGAUAGAGAAACAUGUGAUUGGCCACGUGCCGGAUCGUGGUGGACGUGCCAAUGAGCACGCACCGCCGCCACCAGAGAUGCCCUCCUGGCAGCAGCAGCGUGCCGGCGGACCUGGCGGUGGCGGUCGUGGCGGCGGCGGAGGAAGCCGUGGUGGAGGAGGAGGAGGAGGAGGCCGUGGCGGUGGCGGCAAUUUCCGUGGCGGCAAUACAGGUCGCGGCUCUGGUGGUGGUGGGCAAAACUGGCAACAGCCAGGGCAGCAACAGCCGCAGCAAUAUAAUCAGCCGUACCAACAACAGCAACAGCAGCAGCAAAACAUGGAUCAGCAGCAGUGGAUCAACAGCAGUGGACGUGUCCAAGGCACUGGCUGGAAUCCUCAAGCUGACGGGCGUGGCGCUGGUGGCUACAAUGGUGGUGGUGGCGGCGGACGCGGCGGACGCGGCGGCUACAAUCACUACAAUCAACGCGGCGGCUUCCGUUGAUCCAUUCUAGUCAGAGUUUGAACUUAUCUGCCGCUUAUACUAAUUACCUUAAUUUAACUAAUAUUUAUUUACGAUAGAAUGUUUCAAUGUUUUUUAUUCUCCCAACAACGUGCCUGUCACCUAAUUUAACAUGUUCUGCAAAACCCAUAAAUUCAUAUGUUAAUUGUUAGUAGGGAGAAAUUAAAAAUAUAGAAAAACCUUGUCAUCUCGAAUAUAAAAUCAUGCAUCGCGUUUAAUAUUUGAGGUGG